AUGCUCGCCGUCCGCCGUGCCGCCGCCGCCGUCCCGAAGCGCGCCUUUGCGUCGCCCGUGCAGUCCAUGGGCCUGUCCAACCUGCAGGACAAGGAAAAAGCCGCCGAGGCCGUCUUCUUCAACAAGCAGGACGAGAAGGCGCUGCGCAAGCUGCUGCAGAAGAUGAAGGGCCAGACCGACGCCGUGGACAAGGAGGGCUACAAGCACCACGUGGAGCACGACAAGAAGGGCCUGAAGGAGAUCCCCGGCCUCACCUUGAGCGAGGAACAGGUUAACGCGCUGCUCAAGUGGAAGCACCAGCAGUAG